GACACUCCGUUCCUCAGCCGAAGACCACAAAUAAUUCUCUGGGGCAUUCGAUCCAAAAUUAAGGUCGUCCUGGAUAUAGACGUCGAUCUCUCUCUCACAAACGUCGUCCCACGAGUCAUGCCCGGCUGCACAAUGUGGACACCAGCAUGGCAAUCCACUUCACCAUCACAUCUGCACUUGCGAAGUUUACGUACCAAAAAUGGAUACCGGAUCGCCUUAUAACCUGGCCCGCGCACAGUCUUUCAGCAGGACAAAGCCUCAUCUCGUUCCGACGCCCUGCAGAACUUCGCUGUCUGAAAUGGUCUUCCGAUCCGUGCUCGCCGUCGCUGGCGCGUCUCUCUCUUUGCUGCCGCUCACUCUCGCCACUCAAAACUGGAGCUCCCCUGCGCACGAUCCCGGGAAGCCCACGACAGGAUACGGUCCUCACUGGCAGAACUAUUUCGAGGUCACCGAGCCCUUGGAGAAUGUAACCUGGCCUCUCCCGCGUAACUGGGCUGGCAGCAUCUCCACCAAGACGGUCGGGAGCCCGAACAACACCGCCUUCUUCUGGGGUUUCGAGAAGAGCAAUGGAUCGCUGACCGAUGUGCACUCGAAGGAGCCGUGGAUGAUCUGGCUCGCUGGCGGGCCUGGAUACUCUAGUGUCGCCUCGGCGCUCGUGGAAAACAUUGGCCCGAUUGUCGUGACCAAGGACUCACUGGGCCCAAACCCGUACAGCUGGCACAACAUCGCAGACAUGUUCUUCGUCGACAAUCCUGUUGGCGUCGGUUAUUCCACCGUCGGUAUCGGAGGAUAUCCCGCUGACGAGUCUCGAGUCGCCUCCGAUUUCCUUGGUUUCCUCAGCAACUUGGUCAAAGUCUUCCCCGGUCUCAAGAAUCGCCCGCUGCACCUUGUCGGCGAGUCAUAUGCCGGACGGUUCAUUCCGUACAUCCUACAGGCCUACUUCGGAAUUCCCAAAGAGGACCGUACCUUCCUCAUUGGAAAGAUCGGAGUCUCAAACCCGGCUCUUUCGGAAGCGAAUCUGUUCGAGAACAUCCCGAUCGUCCGCGUCUUGGAGACGUACCCUCAGUUGAUCGGAUACAACACGACUAUCUACGACUACUUCCGGGAUCAGCAGCACCUGUGCAACUUCGACCUCAACCUGACCUACCCCCAGACCGGUGGAAAGCUGCCUUACACGCGGAUUCUCAAGGGUUUACUGGGACACCGACUGCCGCAACCUGGUCGCCGUCGUUCCAUCGAUGCGUCCAAGGAUUUCAUGGAGGAACUGCACGAGCGCUGGAUGGAUUUCCCCCAAGAGCAUCGUCGCCGCUCUCUCGAGGAACCUCGUCAGGUGAUUCCCAUGUCGAGCAGCUUGGUCGGACCGGCCUCGUCUCUUCCUACUGCCUCUCCUUCAAAGACAUCCACGCACAAGGUCACCAAGACGUCGGCCAAAGCGUCCAAGACCUCAGCCAAAGCGUCCAAGACAUCCUCGUCGGCGGCUUCCAGCACCGGUUCUCCUUCAGGAGUCAACCUGUUCCCAGGGUUCCCUCCGUUCGAUUUCGCGCUCAGAGGAGAAAUCAAUCCGUUCUUUGGCUGUGAUCUGCGUGACACUGCGCUUGUUUACGCUCUGAACUUUACCUAUCCGUGGACACAACUUGGGUUCAGCUUCGAUUUCCUUGACGUCCCGUAUUUGGUGAACCCGAUCUCCCUCAAGUUGCACCCGCAUCACUGGAUGAACCAUAACACCACUCGUGCGGCUCUCCACGCGCCGCACAACGAGAUCUGGCGUGUCACCACGACGACCUACCCGUGGGGCAAUGUUGCGAAUGGCACCGACCCUAGCCCUCCGCCGACCACUUUCCUUGAUGAGCUUGCCGCAAAUGCCACUGAGGAGGGCAUCGACUUUGUCUGGUACUCCGGAAACGACGAUGCCCUGACGACCCACUGGUCCACGGAAGUCGUCAUUCAGAACACCACAUUCGGUGGCAUCCAGGGCUUCACUGUCAAGCCGAACACGUCUUGGUACGAUGACUCGGGCCUGUUUGCCGGUGUUGUCCGUCAGGAGCGGGGCUGGACCUACGGUCUGAUCUACGGAGUCGGGCACCAGACGCCCGUCAUCAACCCAGCCCGCUCCUUUGCAUUUAUCCGCGACUUCUUCGUCGGCAAUUCCAAAGUCGGCGCCGUUGACCCGGACACUGGCAAAAUCACCACCACAGCCCAGCCCAGCACUGCUACCGUUAUUCCGAAGAUCCUUCCGGAUGGCGUGAUCACUGGACAAGCGGACGUAUAUUACAAAACAGAGACAGUCGCCUGGCCUGCUGCUACCGUGUCUGCGUGGGAUGCGCAUGUCAGCUCCGUUCUGUAUGCCGCCAAUUAGACAACCACAAAGACCAGUGGUACAGCCAAAGCUAUCCAAGCGUCCUGUAAAUAUCAUAGACAAGUUCAUUUGUAGCCGAAUAACAUCCGUUUGCUUUGAGACACCCGAA